AUGUUGGAACAAUUUCUGUCGAUAGCUCUUAGAGGUCGUGUCGCCCGCAGUCUACGUAUUGCUCCAGUCCAAGACAGUCAUCGACGGCCGACAUGCUUCUCAGCCACCGGUGCCAACAUGACCGACUCGCUCCCCCGAAGGAUAGAUGUACACUCGCAUUUCCUCCCGCCAAGCUAUCGAGAUGCACUUGCACAGAAUGGCCACUCGCACCCUGACGGCAUGCCCGCCAUACCGGAAUGGUCCAUCGACCGACAUCUGGAAAUGAUGAAGACGGCGAAUGUUUCCAAGUCCAUCCUCUCCCUCUCCUCUCCGGGCACUCAUCUCGCGCCGGGCAACGACACACUUGGACGCGACCUGGCCCGCGAGUGCAACGCCUAUGCUGCUCACGUGAAGAAACAUGACCCCGAGAGAUUCGGUUACUGGGCCUCUCUGCCCCUGCCCCAUGUUGACGCCGCGUUGAGAGAGAUGGACUUGGCCUGGGAAGAGGGCGCGGAUGGAUUUGGACUCAUGACAAACUACCACGGCCUCUAUCUGGGCGACCCAGCACUGGACAGCGUGUUUGACAAGAUCAAUCAGCUGGCCGCCACCGUGUUCAUUCAUCCGACAAAACCCUGCACGCGCCAAGGAGCUGGCGCAAAUGCACAAACACUCGACGCAACGCCGUUUGGAGAGCAGUACCCGGUGCCCAUCUUUGAAUUCUUCUUUGAUACCGCACGGGCUGUAAUCAAUCUGUUUGGGAGUGGAACCGUGGAUCGUUGUCCCAACGUCACUUUCAUCGUCCCCCAUGCUGGUGGGGCACUACCCCCCUUGAUGACACGCUUCAUCCAAUUCUCGAGCGUGGUGCCGGGGGGAAGAGUGUUGGAUGCGAGAAAGGUUCGCGAACAGCUCGAUAAGCAGUUCUACUUUGAUUUGGCUGGAUUCGUCUUCGACGGACAAAGCGGAGCGCAGGGCCAGCUCAAGGCCUUGAUCGAUGGCUUCGACAUUUCCCAUGAGAAGCUGCUGUAUGGAAGCGACUUCCCCUUCACCCAGACCGAAUUCGUGGAAAGCUUCGCCAGGAGAAUGAAAGACGGGUUGGAGCAUCUGUUCGAUCCAGGCCAGAGGAUCGCAAUCUAUGAAGAGAACGCGCGGAAGCUGCUGGGAAAGGAAGAUGAGAAGUGA